UAACUCACGUCAGUGGUAGUUAUUAGAGUGAAGGUCAUGUUGGUGGUUAUUAGUCAUGAAGAUGAACAUGGGCUGGAGAGAACAGCGGCCAGUUCACACUCCUCCCCACAUCCCCUUCUGACACGGAAACUGUGAAGAGAACGGAAGACCCAAAACACAGACACAGAGCAACAAGAGACAUGUGACAGAUAGUUAGUGUGUUACCAGUCAGACAUCAGAGAGAGAGAGAGAGAUAGAGAGAGAGAAAGAAAGAGAGAUGCACUGAGAGAGCAAGGUGCAGAGUGCUGUGUUGGGUAGACUGUCUGCUGAAGAAAAGGUGUGAGAGACGAAAGGCUAGCGGAUUGGCACUCUUCAGAACAAGAGAGAGGAAGAGAGAGAGAGAGAGGAAGAGAGAGAGAGAGAGAAAGACAAACAUUAUUAGAUACAGAGAAAGUGAGAGAGAUAAGAACUAGGGGAUGGUAAAAAGAGUGGAGGGAGUGGUACACAGACUCUCCUCAGCUCAGACAGGACUGGGGGACACAGAUGACAUCAUCACCAGGGGAUCUGGACAUCGAGCUGAUAAAACGAUAAAAUAAUGUUCUGCGUUCAGCUCAAUAGAGUUGAAAGAGAAAGCCACAGAUCGGUUUGAAAGCAGACAGAUCUGCUAUGUGACAUUUCUUUUGAUGAGUUUUUUUUUUAAAUGUUUCAUAUUUGAUUUGUGAUGUAUGUGACGAUUGUUGGUCAGAUCUAGAGGGUGACUGCUAUGGAUUAAAACAUCAAGGAAGUAGAUAUAUUUGAAAUGAAAACCUCUAUCAAGAUCACACUCCUCUCCCUUACUGUGUUGAGCUGUGUGAGCUGUAAGGAGAUCACAGUGAGAGGAUAUGAGGACAGAGAUGCUGUCAUCAACUGUCCAUCUCAGAAGGGUUAUGAGCUCUACCCAAAGUACCUACUGAAAGGAGUGUAUAAAUACAGUGUUGAAAUGAUCCGGUCUGAUGGCCAGGCAGAAUGGACCCACAGAGGGAGAGUAUCUCUGCAGGACAAGAAGGACACAAACAUCUUCAUAGUGACCAUCCAUAACCUGACCCUAGAGGAUGCUGGGACAUAUGAGUGUGGAGCUGACAGAUGGGGAGAAGAUGUUUACACCACAGUGAACCUCAUAGUGGUGAGCAAGCUUAACAAACCGACAGCUGCCAUUCCCCAAGUCACUGCAGAGGUCACCACGGUUACUCUCCCCAACACUGUACCUGUGUCCACCCAUAACGCAACAACCAGACCGCUGACAAACAUCACAUACUCUGAGAGGACAGAGUCUGAUCCCACAUCAGCUGCAUCAGGCGUGUCCAACCAUAACGCAACAACCAGAACGCUGUCCAACACCACAGAGUCUGAGAGGCCCACACACUUGCAGUCUGAUCAAAUGUCACCUACAUCAAGCGUGUCCACCCAUAACGCAACAACCAGACCGCUGACAAACAUCACAGACUCUGAGAGGACAGAGUCUGAUCCCACAUCAGCUGCAUCAGGCGGCCAUCUAGCUAAUCUAUCUGGGGGUCUUGUUGUUGCCGUGGUGAUAUUUGCUCUGCUGGUAGUGACUUUUAGGCUGAUGAAGAGAAGAGCUGAGAAAAAAAGAGCAUUACCCACACCUCUUUCUGGAAACAUCAGACCAGACUCGUGUGUGUACUCAGAAAUACAGCCUACAUCUCCGCAUGACACUGAUGGACCCAACCAGAGUGACCAACUGAGCAGUCCAGCUCUGACAUCCAUCUACGCCCUGGUAACACCUCCAGCUCCUGUUCCUGCUCAACACCAUAAAGCAGCCAAUCAUCUUCCUCAACACCAUAAAGCAGCCAAUCAGCUCCCUCAACCCACCACUGCCAGUGAUGACAUCUACUCCCUAGCAACAAAUCUGACGCAGGCUCUGCACUCGGGUGUGACUUCAGUAACCAAUCAGCAUGAGCCUGGCCCUGCCACUGCAGCCACUGGUGGUGAUGUCAUCUACUCCCUAGCAACCAAUCUGAUGCCAUCUCUGCCUACAAGAACAUCUGUAUCAUCAACAACCAAUCAGCAGUCUGACCCUGCCAUCUACUGCAACCUCACCUCGGCCAAUGAGAAUCCAGAUGGUUCUGAAUACGCAACGGUUGUCUUCAGGGAUGAGCCAAUUGGCUCUGAUUCUGCCUCUGUCAGUUUCUCCAAAAAUGGCGCCUCCCCCCUGUAGAGAGCAGCUAGAGCUGUUUUAAUAGGGGGAGAUCUUAGCCAAUAGCAAGUGGGGAAAAACAUUAAAACACCUCCUGGUGGCCCCAGCUGUGGCGCAAUUGGCUGGGGCACAUGCACCGUACGCCGGCGACCCGGGUUCAAAUCCAGCCCCUGGUCCUUUCCGGAUCCCACCUCUGCUCUCUCUCCCAUUCGCUUCCUGUCUCUCUCCACUGUCCAUCAUUAAAGGCAUAAAGGGCCCAAAAUAUACUUAAAAAAAACAAAACACCUCCUGGUCUCCCUGCCUAGACCCCACAAGAGCCCAAAAGGGAACAGAAGCUUUAUGUAUGAAUAGAAUCCUAUGGUAAACAUGUCACCCUAGCUAAAGGUAGUUAGCAGUUACGCUUUUACACACAAAGAUUGGUCUCUGUUGCCACACUUCUACUCAGGUACCAUGUGAGGAGCAACACAGACUCGUGUGAAUGACUGUUACGAAACAGUGUAACAUGCACUUCCAUUAAGGACUGUAAUAGUUUCCAUUGCCAUGACUGUCAUGACGUAUAAACGCCGACCAAUCCAAAAAAGUGGUCUGAAUCUUAAGGUCAUGACAGACAAUGAGGCCAGGGUCAUGUAAAGAAGCCUUAUGCAACAAUUUUAGAAAAAAUGACCUUAAUUAUGCAGGUUGAGUGUCGUUCUGGCGGUUCUACAACACUUUUUGGGUCGUUUGGUGGGUGCUUCGUCUCUCCCUAGUGCUUCUCCGCGGAAAAACCGAAUAUGCAACUUUCUGGUCACGGUCCGAACAAAUUCGGAUGUAACUCAGCGGAAGUAUCCAAUCGCGGCUCUAAAAUGUAGUUUUCAGAUUGUAGUUUCUAAGAAGACUGCAAAACGGACUCCGACUUGGCUUUGUUG